UGAUAAAUUUUCAAAAUCUAUAGGUACGCCAAAAAAUGGAUAAAACAGCAGACAUAGUUAAAGCAAAAUGUAAAGAGCUAUUGGUGAAGCGAAUGUUUUUAGCAGUUGCUGCAAGUAUCAUUGUCCACUUCAUAUUAAUGAGUGGUGUAAUAUUAGUUACAAAUUUAAAAAUAACACAUCCAGUGGAAUGGAUACAAGAUACUUGGAAUGUUAUUACAUGUUUAAGAAUGUGGACAUACUUUUUGGUCUUUUCUAUGGUCAUAUUUUUACAAGGAAUAAUUUGUAGUAAAGACUACAUAAAUCCUAUUUCGUAUGCCUCUAGUCGAUUUGUAAAAUUCUGUCAUAUUUUUACGAUGCAUAAUUUAUUAGUGGGUAGUCUUUUCAUAUUACUGGGUGGCAUUCUUGCCUGGUUACAUUUAUCUGUCGAGGAUAGUAGAUUUAGUUCUCUUAUCAAAAAUUGCGAAACCCUUCAAGGCUAUUGUCUCGUCGAGGAGCACUAUUUUUUAUUAUUGGAAGGUUUUUGGAUUGGAUUUUAUUUUUUUACAAACUUCAGCUAUUUAGACUCGAGAAAUUUGCAGUUUUGUAUUAUUCCUCGAUCAAAGUUGUCGCAAGUUAAAAGAGGCAUUCAAAUAAUGAUUACAAAUACUUUAUUAGAUGCUGUUUGGCCUACAAUUUAUUUUCUUGGCUUUUACUCUGCGUUUGGAAACUAUUGUAGAAGUUUUUUUACUUCUCCCUUUUCCCUUUCGAUCGAAGAUAUACCCCUUGACAAAAUCUCAAGGCUACUUAGCUUAUCGUUAAUUUUUUACGCCUGGCUUCAUGCUGUACUCUUUGUCCUUAUAAUUCAAAGUAUGCACUUAUUUUUUCAAGCCUACUUGACCGAGUGGAUUCCGUUUGUUAUUGAAAAAAUUGAGUUGACCGAAAAGUCUAAGAUAUCGUUAGCCGAUGCAUUAGGAAUGGAAAAAUUUCCCAUUUUAAGACAAUUAGGAUACUUGGAUCUUGUGACAAUAGCACAAAAGGAUAAAACAAGAAGGUCGAUUCUUUUUACUUUAAGUCAGCCAGGAGGACAUCCUUAUAAUUGGAACAAUAUUAUUGAGAAAAGUCUGUCUUUGAUAAAAAAAUUUUCCGAAGGACUUAAUUCUGCUUGUUCAAAUCAAAAGGAAGAAAAUCCAAAACUAACUAAUACCGUACCAAUUUCUUGUGCCCAAACAUCCGAUAAGCUUUAUAAUUAUCAUAUGAGAAAUUUAGUAUCAGCUACACCAACUAUUGAACAAUUUGAGAAUAAAUUGAGACACGCGAUUAACGAUGCGCAAACUGUUAUUUGGGCUGCGGAUGCGAUAUCAACACUAGCUACAGUUUCAUUGAACGAAGAUCCAUAUGGCAUUGUUCAAAAGGAUUUGCCUGAAAUAAUUGAAGUUCUACUAAACGUCAAGCAGUCGUUAGACAAGCUUCAAAAAUUAAACAUUUCUAUUAGAAAACCAAUGAGCGAUGAUAAAUUUUUGAAGCAAACACUGACAGCACUUCGCUCUGCCGUUAGACGAAGUUUGUAUAGAAUUGUUUCUCACUUUAAGAAUUACAUUGAUGACUUAGCUCUAUCUCCUUUAACUGUCGAUCAUUUACAACCAUUUUUUACAUAUAGGGAAUAGUUAAGUUAGCAUUUCUUUGAAUGUA